GCCGCGCCCAGGCCCAGAGCCGCUCUGCGCAAACGCGACCGGCAGUGCCGCUCCGAGGAGUCCGCCCGGAAACAAACAUUCCCCAGGGCAAUGUCACCACCUGGUCUUCCCCAGGAGCCAGUCAGAAACAGUUUGCUAGAUGAUGCUAAGGCCCGCUUAAGAAAGUAUGAUAUUGGAGGCAAAUAUUCUCACUUGCCAUAUAACAAAUAUUCCAUCCUUUUGCCAUUGGUGGCUAAAGAAGGAAAACUCCAUUUGUUGUUCACCGUCCGGUCAGAGAAGCUAAGAAGGGCCCCUGGAGAAGUUUGCUUCCCUGGAGGUAAGCGUGACCCUACGGACGUGGAUGAUGCAGCCACGGCUCUCCGGGAAGCCCAGGAGGAAGUGGGGCUGCGUCCUCAUCAAGUGGAAGUUGUCUGCUGCCUGGUGCCAUGGCUUAUUGAUACAGAUGCAUUGGUAACUCCAUUUGUGGGUUUAAUAGACCACAACUUCCAGGCCCAGCCAAAUCCUGCUGAAGUUAAGAAUGUAUUCUUGGUGCCUCUGGCCUAUUUCCUGCAUCCACAGGUCCAUGACCAGCAUUACGUCACACGUCUCGGUCACCGUUUUAUUAAUCAUAUCUUUGAGUACACAAACCCUGAAGAUGGUGUCACUUACCAGAUCAAGGGAAUGACGGCAAACCUUGCAGUGUUGGUAGCCUUUAUCAUUUUGGAAAAAAAACCCACCUUUGAGGUUCAAUUUAAUCUUAAUGAUGUAUUAUCAUCCUCUGAAGAGUUAUUCCUGAAGGUUCAUAAAAAAGCUACAAGCAAGUUAUGAUUUACGAGACCAAGAGACAAAGAACUAUCCACUAGGAUUGUGUGUGUGCUUAUCCAUAGAACAACAAUAACGCCAGCUGUUGGAAUUUGACAGGUGUGAAUAUUUUUCCUGCAGUAUGUAGUUAGAAUCUUUGCCUCUUUUCCAGUUGCCUUCUAUUGUCUGAAAAAGUAAAAGCCAUUCAAAAAUGAAAAAUAUGUUUAUAGUGGUGCAUAUUUUUAUCCACAAUAUGUUAAUAAUGUAUUUCUUACACAUAUAAGAAAGAAUAUCUGGCACAUGGUCGGCCCUUAAUAAAGAUUUUUUGAAUAUA